AGAAACGCCGUGUACGUUCUUGUGUUCUACUAACGAGUAUCUCGGAUACCUACACAGGCUUACUGGGAUUCCUUUUUUUGGUUUUUCGUUUUUGUUGGUUGCCGUUUCUUUCGUUCUUCGCACCAUGUCCAGCACCAACCGUUACCCGGCGCUGCCCAGCCGCAUGUCCCUCAUCGCCUUCAAGACGCGUCUGAAGGGUGCGCAGAAGGGGCACAGUCUGCUCAAGAAAAAGGCCGACGCGCUGUCGAUGCGCUACCGCGCCGUGAUGGGCGAGUUGCACGCCGCCAAGCUCGAAAUGGCGGACCAAAUUAAAGGGUCGUACUUCACCAUCACGCAGGCGCAGUUCAUCGCAGGGGAUAUCAGUCUGGCCGUGCAGGAGUCGCUGAAGAUCCCGACGUACACGAUGGAGCUGCAGGUGGAGAACAUUGCGGGUGUGCAGGUGCCAAGUUUCCAGACACAAAACGACGACGCCGGGAAUACCGCGGCAGACGGCGUGAUGGAGUCUCGCGUGGCGCAAACGAAUCCGUUGGCAGCCUCCAACGCCACCACCGGCUCCCUCGCAGCCGGUCUUGGCAAGGGUGGUGAGCAAAUCAAGGAGGCCUACAGCGCUUUCCGUCACACGCUUUCCCUCCUGGUCAAGAUCGCGUCCCUCCAAACCAGCUGGACGACGCUGGAUAUUGCGCAGAAGGUGACGAACCGCCGUGUCAACGCCCUGGAAAAGGUCGUUGUUCCACGCGUGCAGAACACGCUUAGCUACAUUACCUCUGAGCUGGACGAGCAGGAGCGAGAAGAAUUCUUCCGUUUGAAGAUGGUGCAGAAGAAGAAGAAGGCCAUGGCCAAGAUCCACCAGGCGGCGCGCGAUGCGGAGACGGCGGGUGUCGAAGCGGAACGUACGCGGCAGCGUGACCUGCUCAUCGCUCAGCGCGAUGGCGGCGUCGCCGAAUCCGACAUGGUGGUCUGA